CCGCCGCACACGCACAGUCGACUGCCCUCUCGCCCGUAUAGCGUGUUCUCUCUCUCUCGCAUACAGGCCUGAAUCGUCGAUACGCAUACGCGAAGAGGAACGGUGAUUCGUGGGGGGACACAGAGAGAGAAACGAACAUCUUCGAAGAAGACAGGCGACUUCUUUUAGUAGCACCUCCAUCUAUCACUGUUAGUCUAAUCACCGUUUUCGCAAACCCAUCUUCAAUCUAUCUACGACCAUCGAUUCAGGUUUGACGCUUCCGAAAUGAAAUCCGGGCUCUGGCCUCGCUGCCCAGGACCGGCCUCGGAAGAGGAGAGAUUAAUGCUCAAGGGUGGAAGGAGCUUUAUUUCUUCCCCGCCAGCAUUUUCAAAUGACGCAAAGAAGUUGCUAAUUUGCACCGGAAAUACCGUAUCUGUCUUCAGCACGUCCACUGGCUUACAGAUCACGGAGUUGGAAGGUCACACAGCGCUCGUAUCAUCCAUCGUAAUCGCUCCAGCUUCGACUCCUUCUAGUAAAAUCUUGUGCUAUUGUUGGACAGCCUCGCUCGAUGGCACCAUUAGGCAUUGGGACUUUUCAGUUCCAGAAUUGAUGAAGAAGAUUGACAUUCGCUUUCCAAUUUACUCCAUGGUAAUUCCAAGUUUAUUCAUACAAUCAAUGGAGACUCAGGAAAAAACACAUGACCUUUUUGCAUACGUGUCUACUGCAGAGGCAAAUCAACAAGAUAAGAAGCCUAAUGCUUUACAUGGAAAAAUUCGGAAGUGUAACUUAACCAAAUCUCGUUUAGCUGGUGGAGUUACUUUGGCAGAGACUCCAAAACCUGAAUUUAUAUCCAUCUGUUCCUCUGGGAAUUACUUUGGCAUCCAAGACAAGCGCAAGAUUCGUAUAUGGAAUGUCCCAGCAAAAGAUUCUGAACGUCAUGACAUUAAGAAGAUAAGGUUGCAUCAUACUAAAAAAUUGACUACUCUUGCUUUUCAUCCAACGAAGAGAAUUGUAGCGGCCGGUGAUGUAACUGGGAGGAUCUUAAUUUGGAGGGGUUUUGGUAAUAGAGCUUUCUCGUUAAGUGACAAACGAAUAAAGGAGGCAUUGAUGAGCAAUGAUGAUGAUAGGCCUGGGGUAAGGGGGGAUGAUGAUGCUGAUUCCUGCACCACAUGGCAUUGGCAUUCUGCCGAAGUGAAGAUUCUCCUUUUCUCUUCUGACGGAGCUUAUCUUUAUUCAGGUGGAAAGGAAGGAGUUCUUGUGGUCUGGCAAUUAGACACAGGGAAGAAGAAAUUUCUUCCACGGAUUGGAUCCCCAAUCCAGUUUUUUACCACUUCUCUUGAUCCUUCACUUUCUUCUGUAUCUUGUGCAGAUAACCAAAUUCAUCUCCUGAAGAUGCCUUCAAUGGAAAUUUUGAAGUCCAUUGCUGGGAUCAAGCUUCGCUGUUCAGUCCCAGAGAUAAAAGGCUCGUGCAGUGGAUUUGCCUUUGAUUACACUUCUGGAUUAGUUGCUGUAUGUGCAGAGAACUACUGCAUUCAAUUGUACAGCUUGUUUGAUGACCGUGAAAUUUCUCAGGUUCAAAUUUGCGAAAGAAACCAUCAACCGGGUGAUGAACUAACGGUGAUGGUGACUUUAGUAGCCCUCUCUCUAGAUGGCUGUGUAAUGGGCACCGUGGAAACUAGGUUACCAGAAGAAGGCAUAGGAGGUCUUGUCAGUCUUAAGUUUUGGACACACGGACAGCAGAACAAAGACUUCAGCUUGUCCACCAUCGUAUAUGAGCCACACCGAGAGUCUGACAUUUCAGCUAUUGCUUUCCAUCCUUCCAGUCGUAUGGCUGUUAGCAGCUCCUAUGGUGGUGACUUCAAGGUUUGGAUUUGCCAUCAUGAGAUUAGGCGGAAAGAUCAAAUGCUGCAGAAAACUGGGUGGACAUGCCAUGCUGUUGGUUCAUACAAGAAAAAGCCCUUGACAGCUGCUGCGUUUUCUGCUGAUGGGUCUGUUCUAGCUGUUGCUGCAGAAACUGUUAUUACAUUGUGGGAUCCCGAAAAGAACGUUCUUGUGGCUGUUGUUGGAGAUAGCCUAGAGCCAAUUGAGAGCCUGUCAUUUCUCGGGAAGUCAGAGCAUCUUGUGUCUACAAGUCGAGGUUCAAAUCCACUAGUCUCUGUUUGGAGUAUGUCAAAGCUUUCUGUUUCUUGGUCAUAUAAGCUCCAUGCAGAAGCUGUAACUUGCUCACUGGAUGAUUCUUCCUUUGCUGUUCUUGCACGUCUCCCAGAGUCAUCUAAACUUACAGAGUCUAAUGAAACCACGUUACAAAGUAAAGACGGGGCAAUAUUGUUAUUCAAUGUUGGAGACCCUGUUCCUGUGGCUACCUGGUUUGUAGAGAAGUCUAGGGGAGGGGGCCUUUCUUUUCUUCACACAAAUCGAGCUUCCUCGGAAGAUAAGAUUUCCGAUGAAAAUUCAGCCUCAGUCUUGCUUGCAUACCUAAACGGUGAUCGUGAAUACGUUGUCUUCAACCCCUACGGCGAACAGGAGGGAGGCGUUGCUUACAGGCGCAGUAUAGUUGGAUUGGAAGAGACUGGACAAAUUGGGUAUUCUUCAAUUUAUGGUGAGCUAUCAGAGUUUGAAUUGAAGAGAAAUCAGACUCAACCAGGCCCAUUUGUACCAUCUGAGAGGCCCUGGGAGACCAUAUUCAGUGGACCAUCUCAUAGCCUUCCUCCUCUUACCAAAUUAUGUUCCUCAUUUUUGGAAUCUCUGCUUGAGAAGAGAACUGUUGUCGUGGAGUGAUUGGGUCCCAGUCUAAAACAACCAGGAAAGCAGUUUCACUGCAGUGAGGUGUGGUGGGUGGAUGCAUUUCUAGAGUCAUUUCUAAGGGGAUUUGACACUCACUUCCACUUCCACAGUUACUGAGGGCAGUGAAAUGAAAUUUUGACUCGGUGUUUUCUUGGAGGCCUGAGGGACAGUACUGGUAAAUUCGCACAGGCUGGAAUAUCAUCACAGCUAUUUUGAAGAUAGAAUUAAGGGGAAUUUCAAAUACCCCCCUGUACCUUCAACAAUAUUUUUACAAUUACAUCCUUUGUACUAUCGACCAGUGUGCGACAUUGGGGGGCUGUGCUUUGUUGUUAAGUAGCAAUUCAUGAGUUUGGGAUAACCAAAUCUGGGAUGUAAAUGCUCAACGGGGGUUGGAACCCGUCGAACUGUGACAAAUUAGAUCACUUCCGGGGUUGGUUAUUGGUUUCAUCAUGUUUGAGGUCUCUAGUUUAACUUGCCAUUUUGCCUUAUCAUCUGUAUCGAGUCUUUCAUUUUCUUCUUUUUUUUAGUGGCAAUAUGUAUCGAAUCUCACCCAUGUGUGAUACUUUCAAGAUGGGGAAAAGAACAUUUUAGACACCGGAGACUCUCAUGGCCACAAGGUAGUUUUUGUAUGCUCCAUCCAUCCAUUUUUAAGUGUCUUACUUUGUAAAUUCAAUUUUUUUAUGGAGGUAUCAUCAUUGC